GCAGGUUGUAACAUUUUGUGUUUAUGUAAUGAAAUGACAUAGAAACAUUUUAAAGUUAAUAACUGUAAUAAUCUGUAAGCUAUCUGUAAGUCAAUCUGGGCGUGAGAUGAUGGUGUAAAGCUGUCGAAUGAGUGAUUGACCGUCUGAGGGAGUGCAGAGGUAUGAAGACAGGUGAAGGAAUGAGGAAAUUGGGCUUGACAAAGCUUUAUUCUUCUGUCAGAAGGUCACGUCAUGAGUCAAUACUGCGCUGAAGUAAGCUGGUGGAUGCGUAUCUCUUCUCAGUCUGUGUCCACAUGUGGGUUAAAGAGUGAAGCAGAGCUAUAGGGACUGCGUCUGAAUACUUCAAAGAAGAAUAUAGUCAAUAUAAACACUAUAAAGGUACUUUCUGUUUAUCUCACAUCGUUCAGGAUUGGUUCGGGAUCUGCACAUCUAGGAAAGAUUUGAAUCAUGGCACCAAUCAGCACAGAGCUGAUGGGCUUGGCACUCACGGAGCAACCAGAGGCUGCAUUCCUCUCCAUCCUCAUCGUCUUCAUCCUUAGCAUCGCCCUCCUCCUUAUGUGCACGACCUGUCAGAAACAUUCAUUUGAGUUGGAGCAAAAGGCACCCACUCAAAAUUCAUCAAAUCUUGUUAGAGUGGCAACAAAGGGAGAAGGGGGCAGCCAAAACCCCGCUGCUAAUGAAAUCACCAGUGAUGAAAUCGGUAACUUGGAAAUCUCUCCAGAAGGACUCCCCUACAAAGCCUGGAGAAGUCACACUCUCAUUCGAGAUUCGACUUAUAUGAACGGCAACGCUGAUGGUUCAGUAACACUUCAGGGUAUCUAAUGAAGUGUGACUGAAAAAGCAUUACGGAUUAUAGUAACACCACAACACAUAUAAAUACACAUUCAGUGGUGGAAACAAGACUGCAGCUCUCCAUCUCAAAACUCGUCUUUCAGAACCCAUAGAAAAACCAAACAAGAAGCGUUCUGCCUUGAGGAAAUGCUGCUGGCGAUAGAAACUCACUGAGAGACAAAGCUAAAUCCUUAUGCAACAUUUCAGUCUAAAUGAUGGACAGUGAAGCCCCUCAGGGGAUGAAGCCAUAUGUCCUGGCCACUCCUGUUCUGACAGAUAUCACUGUUCAGGAGGUCACCAACUGAAAUGCAACAUAGGCCUAUUCCAUAAGCAAGGACAUCAAGGGUCCCAAAUCUCCAUUUUUACACACACCCACCAGACGAUGAGGUGAAUGGAUCAGCACCAUCACCCAAAAGAAACCCUUUCCUUUUUCUAAUGAAACCCAGUAUUGCGAAAUUACUUGCUUCAUUUUGGAUUCUUUCUUAAUUUGGGUGUUAAAGCUUUUCUCACAGGUUGACUGCUGUGUACCUUUUAAACUUUGUGUAGUUGUGAAUAUUUUAGGCUUUGAACAAUGUAUUAGUUCCAGUUGGUAUUAAGUUUUUUGUUAAAUAUUUUAUGAAUUUUAUAAUUACCCCAUGCAUGUUUGGACUUGUUUAACCAAAUGUGCUUCUCAUGAUCUUGAAAAUGCAUUAAUAUAAAAGCAUAUAUGCUCCAGUACACAAAUAUAAAAUGUGCUUCCAUAAGCACUUUUUACACAGAUUUUCUUUACUAAACAAUACUUUUCAUCAAGCAUCUCAUUGUGUUGGCUUGAGAGAGUAAAAGGUGGCUACUUUGAAGAAUUUAAAUAUGUGAUAGCUUUUAUUGUCGGUCCGUUAUGGGGGUUGGGGAUGGGUAGGUGUGCCCAAACUUUCGACUGGUACUAUGUAAAUAUGCACAAACAUGAAUAAAGCAUUGUGAAAAUAUAAAAAAUAAAAGUACUGUGCAAAAAAAAACGUUGCGUCAUGCAUUCGUCAGACAUUACUCAGCUGUCUAUUAGUUAGGUCACACGUCACCGUCAAGCAUGUUGUAAUGUGCAACCGUGGACAUUCCCACGUGCAAAAUACAGAGGUAUACUGUACCAUUAACUAUACAGUGCGGAAAUUGUAGUAAUGUAUGAUAUUACAGUAAAACUGGUGAAUUGAUCAACUGUAAUAAAUACUGUAGUGUGUAGGAGGUUAAAAACAAUAUAUCUAUAUGAAUUUUACAUCAAUUUACUCUAGUAAAUAAAUACUUUCAUAUUUGUUCAACAAAUUAUUAUACCACAUUUU